UCCUUGCUUGCAAAGCAUCAAAUCAUUCCAAAACAAAAAACCCUUUAUUUGAUCUUCAACAUAUUCUUCUUUUGUCUUCUUAGUUUACAACGUAAUUCAACUAUUAUAUUAUCUUCUCACACAGACGGAAACAGAAACAGAAACAGAAACCAAGCAAGAUGGACAAGAAAAAGAAGAAAGAAGUUAUUCGAUUGGAACGUGAAUCUGUCAUUCCCAUUCUCAAACCUAAGCUUAUCAUGACUUUGGCCAAUCUCAUUGAGCAUAGUUCUGACCGGUCUGAGUUUCUAAAGCUUUGCAAGAGAGUUGAGUACACAAUUAGAGCGUGGUAUCUUCUCCAAUUUGAGGAUUUGAUGCAACUAUACUCCCUCUUUGACCCUGUAUCUGGCGCCCAGAAAUUGGAGCAGCAGAACUUGUCACCUGCCGAAAUUGAUACACUUGAACAGAAUUUCCUGACGUACUUAUUUCAGGUGAUGGAAAAGAGUAAUUUCAAAAUAACAACUGAUGAUGAAAUUGAUGUUGCACUUUCAGGGCAGUAUCUUCUAAAUCUUCCCAUCAGUGUUGAUGAGUCUAAGGUUGACAAGAAGCUUUUGAAGAGGUAUUUUGAAGAGCAUCCCCAUGAAAACCUUCCAGAUUUUUCUAAUAAGUACGUUAUCUUUCGACGUGGAAUUGGAAUUGAUCAGACAACUGAUUUCUUUUUCAUGGAGAAAGUGGACAUGCUCAUUGCACGCCUUUGGUCAUUUAUUUUGAGACGAACAAAGCUAGAAAAACUUUUUAGCAGGAGGUUAGGCAGUCGUAAGAAGGACCCAAAGAAGGAUGAUGAAAUUAAUUCUGAAGCCAUUCAAGAUGAUCUAUACGUUGAACGACACCGUCUUGAAAAUAUGGAACUAAGUUUCCGCAAUUUGCUGACCAAGGUUACAAUCCAAGAGCCUACCUUUGAUAGGAUAAUUGUUGUUUACAGGAGAGCAAGUACAAAAUUAAAACCAGAACGAGGAAUAUAUGUGAAACAUUUUAAAAACAUUCCGAUGGCCGAUAUGGAGAUAGUUCUUCCUGAAAAGAAAAAUCCAGGAUUAACUCCACUAGACUGGGUCAAGUUCCUGAUCUCUGCUGUGGUUGGGCUGGUUGCUGUGAUUAGUUCCCUCCAAAUGACUGAACGUGAUCUUUGGGUCAUUAUCGCGGUCCUUUCCACAGUGAUUGGUUAUUGUGCUAAGACAUACUUCACGUUUCAGCAAAACUUGGCUACAUAUCAGAAUUUAAUCACACAGUCCAUGUACGACAAACAACUAGAUAGUGGGAAGGGCACUCUUCUUCACUUGUGUGAUGAUGUGAUCCAGCAAGAACCGUACAUGAGUUUUAUUGGCUUUAUGAAGCUUUUGGGGAUGUUUUUGGCAGAAGUAGUUUCUGAAAUCUGA